CUCAGUGGUACAGCAGGGGAUGGUCUCUCAAUAGCCAAAACGCCCAUAACGUUCAGCAUCACAUUUAGUAGUCUUCUAGGUAGGUCAGCGACACGUCGUCGUCGGUCGGUUAAUAUCACAAAACGCGUGUUCGAAAGAUACUUAGCGACGGACUGAAUAAAAAUCAGCGGUUACAGCGAGCGGUGAACGCACGAAAGAAUGAACGAAUGAAGCAAGAACAAUGGCCAACCUGACAGUCCCAAAACACAGCGGCUAACAGAGACUGUGUCAGCCAGUGAGAGAGGGAGGAGAAGGGAAGGGGCUGAGGUAGAAAACAGCUGUCUGAUAACGAUAGGGAUGAUAUAAAAAUAGCAUAUAUUGUCGCUUAAAUGGUGAAUAGAGCAAACUGUAACCAUAACAUCGCGACGUCUAGAAACGGAUCGCGUAAAUGUAGGAUGAGUAAGUAAAUAAAUAAAUAAGAGCGCGUGAGCGUCAUCUGCAGUGUGUAGCAUCUACAUCUACUUGCACCACCUGAAGAAGACAACGACCGACACUGGCUGCUGGGAAAUAAAGAAACGGGGGGAAAACACGAGUUAUCAGUGGAGAGGAAGGACGACGGGCAAAGUCAGCGAGACUGUCCUUGUUAUAUCCUUGUGAUAGGAGUAAUUGAACAGCGGUUCCUUGUAUUUGAGGGAAGGAGGUAGAAGGGGGUAUCAGUGCUGCAGCGGCCGCCGUGAUGCUUUACACAUGUAGGCACGUUUGAAGCAGUUCAUCCCCGCCCUGUGUGGAUCUGACCGAACCGAGCCGACUGUACAAUAACGGAUUUAAUAGGGGAACGCUGGACGGCUCUGAAAAGGACUUGAGGAGCAGAACUGGGGACUGGUAAUAUGACGAUAACAUUUAAUUAAUAAGAGAUGCAUUUGUAGGCUACCUGUACGGAGGAGAUAAAUGACGGGAUUUAAAUCGCCCAUUUGUUUUUCAACAUGGAUUAAUUGGCCCAUGAUCACUGGAUAGAAUGCUUAUUACGUCCGAGUUUUAAUACAGUACCGAUUUAUGCCUCUAGCCUAUAAAUAUUUAAAUAAAGACCAAAUUUAGGCCGAUGACUUUCUGAUGACGACAGUACGACAGAGAUGUCUUUAUUGUAGAAAUAUGUGUUCACACCAGUAUCUUUACAUAAAGAUAUAGAUAAUUACAUUCACCCUUGUGCUUAUUUCCGUGUCUAAUCUCGUUUUUGGGGGGGUUUAAUGUAACACGAGCAAGAGACGCGUCAAAUUGAACACUGAUAGCUUUUACUUCUACCAUCCCUCUGUCUAUAAUUUAGACCAGGUUAGAUAACUUCUGACUAUAGUCGAUCCCUGUUUGUCCAUUUUACUUUUUCAAUCCAAGAAAAAAAAUAUAUAUUUCUGACUCAAUAACAAGGCGCUUUGGGUGCCUAUUCCGGCGGUUGGCUUCCUCCUUCAAACAGUCUUCUGCCGAGAACCACCUUUGCUGCGAUGGAGACCCCCACGAAGCUACCUCCGUCGAGCCCAUCCUCGCCGACGACGGGCUUCUCUGUGCCGAGCGCAGAGAAGGUAGACGGCUUCCCCCGCCGCUCGAUGCGCCGUGCCCGGCAGCGACGGUCCCACAGCUCCUCACAGUUCCGCUAUCAGAGCUCCCAGGUGGAGCUCACGCCGCUGCCCUUACUUAAAGAUGCUCCAGUGGCAGAGCUUCAUGACUUGUUCUGUAAGAAGCUGCAGCAGUGUUGUGUGCUUUUUGACUUUCUGGACUGUGUCGCCGACCUGAAGGGGAAAGAGAUCAAACGUGCUGCGCUGAACGAGCUUGUGGAGAGCGUGGCCACCAGUCGCGGAGUCCUCAUCGAACCCCUUUACCCAGAGGCUAUUAAGAUGAUCUCAGUGAACAUUUUUAGAACCCUCCCACCCAGUGAGAACCCUGAGUUUGACCCAGAGGAGGAUGAACCAGCUCUGGAAGCCUCCUGGCCACACUUACAGUUGGUGUAUGAGUUCUUUUUACGCUUUCUUGAGAGUCCAGAUUUCCAGCCUUCUCUUGCCAAGCGCUACGUGGACCAGAAGUUUGUUCUACAGCUGCUGGAGUUAUUUGACAGUGAGGACCCCAGAGAGAGAGAAUAUCUGAAGACGAUCCUGCACCGUGUCUAUGGCAAACUCCUGGGCUUGAGGGCCUACAUCCGCAAACAGAUCAACAACAUCUUCCUCAGGUUCAUCUAUGAAACUGAGCGUUUCAAUGGAGUUGCUGAACUUCUGGAAAUUUUGGGAAGUAUCAUAAAUGGCUUUGCUCUGCCUCUCAAAUCAGAGCACAAGCAGUUCCUGGUGAGGGUCCUGAUCCCCCUGCACACUGCCAAGUCUCUCUCCAUUUUUCAUGCGCAGCUGGCUUACUGUGUGGUGCAAUUCAUGGAGAAGGAUGCCACAGUUACAGAACACAUCAUCAGGGGGCUGCUGAGAUACUGGCCAAAAACAUGCACUCAGAAAGAGGUGAUGUUCCUGGGGGAGAUCGAGGAGAUUCUGGACGUGAUUGAACCAUCUCAGUUUAUCCGUGUGCAGGAGCCUCUAUUCAAACAGAUUUCUGCCUGCAUCUCCAGCCCUCAUUUCCAGGUCGCAGAGCGGGCUCUGUAUUUCUGGAAUAAUGAGUACAUUCUGAGUCUAAUAGAGGAGAACUGCCAGGUCAUCCUGCCUCUGGUCUUUGGCACACUGUACAGAGUUUCCAAAGAGCACUGGAACCAGACGAUCAUCUCUCUUAUCUACAAUGUGCUGAAGACGUUCAUGGAGAUGAACAGCAAGCUCUUUGAUGAUCUCACUGCCUCCUACAAAGUGGAGAAACAGAAGGAGCUGAAGAAAGAGAGGGAGCGAACCGAGCUGUGGAGGAAUUUGGAAGAUGUGCAUGAGAGGCGACUGCAGAGUCUGACUGAGGCCAGCAGAAACCAGAAGAACCUGCAGGAGAGAGAGAACACUACCAAGAGCCAGUCAGAGACCAGUGCUGCCAACACCACCUAGAAACCACACGCGAACAUACAGACACACACACAGACACGCAUACAGUAUCACAGCACUGUAAAACACAAUAAUUACCUGACUUGGGAACCGAUCAAUGCCUCAAUCGCUGUCUGACAACACACACACGAACACAUGCACACACCAUGCAGACACGACCGUCACAAGCACAUGUACGACAGGCUGUCCAUAUGUAGAUAUCUGAAAAAACACUGAAGCACAUAUCACACACAACGAGUGAGAUAUACAGUAAAAGAGAAAAAAAUGAGUACCUCUCACAUGCGUCCUACUCUUUCAUGUGCUUCACACACCUGCCUCUCUGCAUCUUUUCUUUCUAUUCCUACACACACCGGGAUCAUCAACUUUAACAUGACUGCAUGAGGUGACACACAUGCGCACACCCGAAAUCAAACACGUACAUUGUUCAUUACUGUCAUUCCAGAACGCUCUGUUUCUCGGGCCCGAUACGAGCCCCCCGUCAAUCAACCAACAGACUCUGCAUACUGUCAAACUCUGAAGAGGAAUGAAUAAUGAUGAUCCUAAAGAUGAAAAUUCUUUAAAAGUACAGAUUAUAAUGUUCCUACUUCUACAGCUUAUUCUAUAAGUACUACUUCUAUGCUAAUAUAACUGAUGUUUUUAUAUACAUACAUAUCUAUAUAUAUAUCUAUAUAUAUAUAAAUAUGAUAUCUAUGUCUGACUAUAGUGUUGGUGGGGGUAUUCUAGUGUAGCACCUCAUAAACAUGACUGAAGUAUGCUGCUAGGUAAAACUAAACUUGUUCUGAAGUGACAACACUUUAGUCUGUUCUUAUGUUUUUUAUAUAUAACAUUCAAAACAUUUUAGUUUAGCAAUAUUCUCAUCUGUUUUGAAUAAUGUGUGUCUGGCUAUUUUUGAUUUAUUUUAUUAUUAUUUAUUUCAUUUAAUCAAAUUGCUUGCAAACAUUCUCUUUUUGUGUUUCAGUGCAAUUUCAAGAGAGGACAGAGUCUUAUUUAUGUCUUAAUUUUUGGUAUAUUUGUUUUAUGUCGCUUAUAUUUAUUGAUGUAGAGUAUUGUUAAUGGGAAGGAACUGUGUGUGUAGGCAUAUUGAGAAAGCUUAGGAAGAGACUGCUGCGUGGAUGUUGUAGAGAAGUUUAUUACAGUUUAGAAGAAAACAGGGAUUAGAUCAGAAUGUACCAUUCACUUUGAGUGUGCAUCAACACUCAAAUGAACUGCCAUUGUUGAUUAUUCAUUUGCAGUAAUCUGUUUUAUUGAGAGAGGAUGAGAAAAGCAAACAAAAUGUUCUUGUUCAAAAGAAAGCAUCUGGAUUAACACACUUUGUUUGACCUCUGAGGAAGCUGGUAUCUGCAGAAACAUCACAUUUCAUAGGAACAAAAUGGAAAAGGAAAAUGAAAUAGAAUAGACACGGCAAUAAAUAUGGACUGAAAUUGUA